CACAACACUGUUCCAAAAAACUCCAUUUCCACUUGAAGCGCGUGUAUGUCUUGCAAGAAGCUAUGUCCAGCUAAUGUUAAAGCCCCCCCCCCCCCUCCUCCCUCCCCACCCGCUUCCUCCUCUUCUCUCUUCAAAAACUCUUUAGGCUUUUCCAGCUGAGCGAUUCAGGCUGAGGCGGGCGCAAUCGCACGAGAGGGGAAGUCGUGCUGGACUGGCGCGAUACCAUCGCACGGUUUCUAACUAAAAGGAAGACCUGAGCGAACCAUUAAUCAUGCUUCUAAAUUAUGGAAUAUGCUGACUGUGAAAGUUGACCAGAGAUUUCUAGGUGUCGGGGUUUUGCGAGGCAUGGCUUUCCUUUUAACUUGCUUAUUUCUGUUUUGUUACAGUGCGGGCACUGUUUGGGGAAAUCAGCAGGGUGACACCAGUAUCUAUUUGGAUAACAUCACGCGUAUCUUGGAUAGAUUACUGGAUGGCUAUGACAACAGGCUACGACCUGGAUUUGGAGGUCCGGUGACAGAGGUCAAAACUGACAUCUUUGUCACCAGCUUUGGACCUGUUUCAGAUGUUGAGAUGGAGUACACCAUGGACGUGUUCUUUCGCCAAACGUGGAUUGACGAGCGGCUAAAAUUCGAAGGUCCAAUCGAGAUCCUGCGGCUCAACAACCUGAUGGUCAGCAAGAUCUGGACGCCCGACACCUUUUUCCGGAAUGGCAAGAGGUCGAUCUCUCACAACAUGACCACCCCCAACAAGCUGUUCCGCAUCAUGCAGAACGGAACCAUCCUGUACACCAUGAGAUUAACUAUAAAUGCAGAGUGCCCCAUGCGUCUGAUGAACUUCCCAAUGGAUGGUCAUGCCUGCCCACUCAAGUUUGGGAGUUAUGCUUACCCGAUCAGUGAGAUUGUGUACACGUGGAAAAAGGGACCCCAGUCUUCUGUAGAGGUACCGCAGGAAUCAUCUAGCCUGUUGCAGUAUGACCUCAUUGGUCAGACAGUAUCAAGUGAGAGGCUGAAGUCCAACACAGGUGAAUAUGUCAUCAUGACUGUCCACUUUCACCUCCAAAGGAAAAUGGGUUUCUUCUUGAUUCAGACAUACAUCCCAUGUAUAAUGACCGUCAUCCUGGCUCAGGUUUCUUUUUGGAUUAAUAAGGAAUCCGUUCCAGCUCGGACUGUCUUUGGUAUCACCACCGUGUUGACCAUGACCACCCUCAGCAUCAGCGCUCGCCACUCCCUCCCAAAAGUUUCCUACGCCACGGCGAUGGACUGGUUCAUAGCCGUCUGCUUCGCCUUCGUCUUCUCUGCCCUCAUCGAGUUUGCGGCCGUCAACUACUUCUCCACUCUCCAGGCCAACCGGGAGUUGAGGAAGGCGGCGGCCAUGAAGGCGGCCGCUCAAGAGGCAGCAGCUGCCGCCCCGGCAACCGCCCCCGGCAACGACGGGGAGGUUUCGUCAGUGGAUGCCGGUAGCGUACUGAAGAAGAGGAUGAACUCUGCUCCGCUGUUUGAGCGUCCUGCCAAAACGUUUCCCAACCCGCCUGUCAAUGCCCAGGCUUUCCUGCAGCAAGGCUCAGCAGUGCCGGCCAACAACGUCCUGACUGGCACCAGCAUCAUCGACAAAUAUUCACGCAUCCUCUUUCCGCUUUCAUUCGGCGCCUUCAACCUGGUCUACUGGAUUGUCUAUCUCACCAAGGACACUAUGGAGAUGUCCAGGGAUACCAUCUAAGUCCAGAGUUUGUCUUCCUGGAAAAGCUAGUCACACGUAUACACAAACAUGAACUGACACACAAUGAUACAUAAACUGUAUAUUUACCAAUGGAAAUAGAGGACAGAAGCUUGCCAAGCACUCUUUCAUGUCGCCUCAGUGCAUUGUAUUUUUCUUUAUAAGUAGUCCUAUGGAAAGGAAGUGUUUUCACAACCACCUCCUGUUGCCAACCAACGAUUUCCACGUGGGUCUCCAGUUCUGGAACAUUUUCUCAAACAGGUAGUUCUCUUAACUUCCCCAGUUUCCGGGGGAAAAACGUAUUUCAUGUAAUUACUUUUCUAAUACAUGUGUAUUCUGUGCCCUUGCCUGAGCGGAUGGGAAAACAUUAAUGCUAACAAGGCUGCCGAGGCAGAAAUAGAACCAAUACACCAAGCUACUUUGUUGUAUGCUUUUAUUUCAUUUGUCUGUGCAACAUGCAUGCAUUCCCUGAUUUUGCAUGUGCGUUUCAAUUGAGACAUUCCCUUCGCUGAUAAUAAGAAGACACUCGAAAAAAAGAGUGUUCUCAAUGUCUUGACUGGAUCCAAUGUGACUGACUGAUUUGCAGGAACUCUCUUAAUGCCAAUUUCUUUCCACUCUUCCUUUUUUUCCCCUCCGAACAACACUAUGAAAAUGAGAAGAUAUAUAGCCAUUAAAAUGUGCACAAAUGCACACACAUACACUUCCUGUUUUUUCCGAUUUUCACUUUGGCUGGAUUAUAUGACCUAGAUUUCCUAUACACAGAAAUAAAACUUAAGCCCCUCGCAGACACGCACUCUUUUCCAAUCAUCUGACAGCAGCCCAACGAGUUGGCUUCAAGUCUGUUUGAGCAUCUUGGUGCUUUGAGAUAAAUAAUACGGCUGUAAACUCGCUUCAUCCACAUUAGUCUAAUCUAAUGCGGUUACGUUAAUGGAUGAGAAAAGACAAGAAGAGUGGACUGAAUUUGGUAGAGUUUAAUAUUUGUUUUUUCUAUUGGAAAUAAAUAAUUAAAGAAUCUCUCCAAUGUUUCCCACACCAUCGUUUUCUCAAUGGCUUUCACACAGGGGCGAGGGCAUUCGUUUCACAAAGCCACGUUGUAUAGAAAAAUCCAUAUCCAUGUUUGUUUGUUUCAUAUAUAUAUAUAUAUUAUUAUUUACUUUUAUAUUUACUUUUUUUUAUUGCAUUUGAAUGUUUCCCUAAAGCUUCACAAAACUCAGAGAUCUGUCUUUUAAAUUUGACUUGUAAUUUUGAAUGUGUAAAUGGUCCGCCCUAUUCUUAAAACUCAUUCGGGUCACUUUUUUUUUCCAACGAACACUAAUAGUGACAAAGCCGCUGUUCACCCAAUGAGAGCAGUGGUUAAGUGUCUUUCCCAUCGAGAGACCUGGGUUCAAUUUGGCCAUCCUCUGAUUUAUGAAUGUUUACCUUUUCCAAGGCUACGGCCAGCAACAGAUCAUAACCUGUAUGAGGGUAAAAAAAAAGAAGGCAAUCAACUUAACAGAAAACAAGAAAAUAAACAAAGAUUGGCUUUUUUUUCUGCCAUAUUGUAAAUGACACCUGAUUCUCCAGAGAAGAUUAAGGUCUUCUGAUGUAAUGGUCUUUGUGUUCUUUUUUUAUUGUUUCUAUUUAUUGUAGCAAUUAUUCCUCAUAAUUACAACCAAUGUUUACGGUUUUUACGGUCAAAAAGCAGCAAAAAUAGAUUAAUGUAUCAUCAUCAGUUUUUACAAAAUGCCAAAACAAACUCAUUUAUAAUCCACUUGUGCAGAUUUGCAUAUGCUUAUGUACAGCUCCCAAUUAAGCAAAGAGGGUAACAUGUUAAAGCCAUGUGGAGUCUAAAAAUAAGCAGGUGUGUUUAUCUCAUGUCAUCCAUCAUUCUCGUUCUCAUUAAAGGUGUUUCUUAUUAACAUGGGGACUUUUUUUAACUGCACACUUUCAGUGACUGUAUAAUCUCUAAGAUUCAGUUUAUAUGAGUGUCCUUAAUAAACAACAUGGCUUUCUUGUUCUGUAAUGUUUCCUUUGAAAUUACAAGUCACUGAUUUUCUGUAAUAUUUGUAUUUCAUAAGAAAACUAAGUGAUUUGUGAACAGACCAGCAUGUUACGGUUCAACUGAACUGGUGACAGUAAUUCAAUGUUGCAUGAGGAAACUAAAGAAAAUAUGCAAAAGAAAAAUACAUUAUUAUUAUUAUUAUAGUGUAAUAAAGUGGCAAAGCUUUGAUUAACAAGCUGCAAAAAGGCAAUAGAAAAAGAACUUCAGUGUAUAGUUCUGUAAAAACUCGCAUUCAAUGUUUAGGAAUGAAAAUAGUUUCAGUGGGUUUCUUUUUAUGACAGUCAUGUUUGACCAAUACAUUGUACGCAUACCAUCACAGAAGCAUUGUGUUAUGGUUAAGAAUGUUCAUAUAUAAUUAAAGAGGCACAAUGGACAAGUAUCUGAUGAGCUCUGCAGGAAAAUCUGAUGUACAAAACUUAAACAUAUGUAUAUUUGUUUAGUUGACAGUGAAAUUAUAGGUGAUUAGGUCUUUUACAGACAAUUUACUCAUGAUAAAGUCUGUUUUGCAUGGAUUAUUUUUCUUUUACAUGUGCGUCAGAAGCCUGAAGACACAGUCUCGUCAGCCUGUAUAGCCUGUAGUAUGCUGUAUGUCAGGCUGAAUUAUGAGAAAAUUGCCCUCCCAGUGAAUUCACACAGCGACCGGACCACUGACUGAACCCCAACAGAGUUCUGAGCUCUGAUGACCCUCCACCUUCAGCGUGUCUCAGCAGAAUAACCUUCAGUUGGGCAGUAAAACAGAAUUAAGCAUCGGAGAGUGUGUGUGCAUGUGUGUGUGUGAGUGUGAGUCUACGACUUUCUCUAUGGGAUUUUUUUUGCUUUUAACAGUGAACUGAGCAACAUCCCUCUGGCCCCCCUUUAAAGUUGAUCAGCUCCAUCAAACAGCUACCUGAACCACACUUGCAUGAUAUGUUUUAUGUUUUUUGGGACUCCUGAAUGUAUAGGGUAAUGACCUCUAUAGACUCCAGCAAAAUGUUAUUUUAUUUAAGAUUUAUUCAUUUGUUUUACCCAUUUAUCUAUUUAUUUUCUUAUUUCUGUUUUGUCAUUUGCCCAAAGCUUGUGGCCACCACCUCAAAGACAAUGAAUGCUCUACACUUUGGUUUUAUGUGUACAAUUGUUGAUAAGAUUCAGUAUUUCAGUAUUCAGUAGGGCUAAAUUCCUUAUGUCUGACCCUGAUAGGAAUAGCAGCAGAAAAUUAACCACUUUCACAAGUUCAACUGACAGAUGGCAGCUUGAAUAUUUUUCUGUGUAAUUAAUCAUAAUUGUUUCUUAACUACCCUAUUUUCUUUUUUUUUUCUUGUAAUGAAAGUGAGCCUAUUUUUAUUGCAAUUAAAAACAAUAUAUGCAUAAUGUAGACUGCAGUGUUUUAAAGACACUUCAACAUCUUGAAGCUCUUUAUAUAUAUGGAUUUGAGAAACCAGUUUGUCACUCAAAACUGUCAAAAUGCAACCUCUGUAGCCUUUCAAAGUGGGAUUCUUUUCGCACAACUACAGCCAGAUGCUUACCCCCCCCCCCCCCCCUGCUGGAU